AUGUUUAAUAUACACCCCAUCUCACAUAGUACCUUUUUAAAUCUAAUAGCAGAUAUUGAAAAAUGUGAAGACUGUGACCAGUUUGGGCAUAAAAACAAAAGUGGCUAUAAAUGCUCGCUCUACGUAACAGUUCAAUGUAAUGAUAUUCAAAAUGACACAGAGAAAAGAAAAAUUGGUUCAAAAGAUGAUGUCGGAACAAAGAUAGAGAAAGGAAAGGGGAAAAAACAGCGUCUUGAAGAGGCCAGUGGCAGUAAAAGUAAUGAUCAAGUCCAAAUAUGCAAAUCAUGCGGCCAAAUGGGCCAUAAAAGUGCAAGGUCCAAAGAAUGUAGCAACUACAAGGCAACACUAGAUGAAGCACUGAAAAAUGAACUUGGGGACAAUUAUGAGCGCUUUACACGCAAAGUCUACCUUGAAACUGUUAUAAGACCAGAAUACAAGAAAUCAUUUACGGAGAAAAUCAAAUGUGCUUUUUCGGGCGCAACUGUUUGUCAACGCGUAUAUUGUUAA